UACGAAUCGGCGGGUGCUGCACACCGUCCAUGCACGGGUGGCAGAGCCUCGAACAGUUGAGCAACCGCCCGAUGCGGAAUGCUUACGGCCCGUGAAGUUUGAAGAUGAUAGUAAAACUCACUAGCGAGAUGCACUGUCCAUCACGCAGCAAUGUCGCUCACCAGGAUGCUUGCUGCUGACCGACUUUACAGUCAUUUAUGUGGGUACGGUGAGAUGGCGGGGUUGCGACGGGGCACUCUCAUAAUCGAACUCGCCACGGACGCACAGAAGGGCACAGUCGUGCAUUUGGACUUGAGCGAGUGCAUCAUGCGAGUGGAGGGUUGUGUACAGACAGAAAGCGCAGGGCGCAUGUCGUGCGAUGGGUGUACAUAGGAUCAGUUGCGCGAGAC